UCGAAUCAUUUGCUUUGCUAUGUACUCGCGGCGGCGUCGCCUACUUGUGCUUCUUCGGGUGCUUACGAUCCUCUAAACGCGACGGCAAUGCAAUGUGGUGUGUAAACAGUUGGCCGGCGGCAAACGGUCGAAAGGAGUUACUGAAAAGAGGCCUCGAUGUUGCCCCAGUACGAGCGACUCGCCGAUUCGGCGGGGACCAUCAUCGGCGAUGGGUACGGCGGUGCGAUGAGAAAGAGUACCGUCCGCAUCCGCUUCGGUAAAGUGGCCGGUGGGACCGCCGUGCUGCCGAUCGUGGGGUUUCUGUUUUGCGUCGCCUGGUCCCUGCUGUACAACUUUGAGCAAGCGAACGCAACCCACUGCCUGGUGUACAACUUUCUGCCAUCGCUGUCGGCCGCCAUCGGCAACUAUCAGCCGCAGCGGUUCGUCUGGCAGCUGUCGGUGCUACUGCACGCCCCGCCCCGCUAUGCGAUCGCCUUUCUGUACAAGAACCAACACCUAACGCUGCUGGCCCGCAAGCACCACCGGAAGGAGUGGGCCUACUUGGCGUGCAUACUGAACAUCAUCGAGCUGAGCUCACUGGUUGGACUGAGCCUGUGGACGUCCAGUUCCAGCUACGAAAUUCACAAGUUUUGUUUCAGUGCCUUCGUGAUCUGUUCCAUCGUGUACAUGCUGCUGAUGGUGUUUAUCAACCGGUUGACGCGCGUCGAAGAGCUGCUGACGCUGGCGGAGCGGAAAUCGUACCGGUACAAGCGGCGCCUGCUGUGGGUCAACAUUGUCUCCAUUCUGCUGGCGGUGUACUUUUUCGUGCGCCACAACAAACACUGCGAACCGUUCGUGUACUCGCUGUUUGCACUCAGCGAGUAUCUGUUCGUCUACUCCAACAUCGGCUUCCACAUGACGGCCUACUGGGAUUUUAUCAACGCAAACAUGUACUUCCAUUGGCGCAGCGGCAUUCAUUUUAGUUCCGUUUGAAAACAAAACGAUCAAAUCGGCAUGUACAUAAAACCAAUCAGCGCGGGGUCGCGGCGUAAGAAGAUGAUCUAUUCAUUUUCAGGCAGUUUUAAAACAUUAUCAAACAGGAAACGGAUCAGUGAUACU